GCGCGGGCGGCGCCCCACGCGGCAGCUGAGCCGGAGCUUCACGCUCCUGUCUCGUGCUCUCGAGGUCCCUCUCCACACCCCGCAGCCGCGAAUCCCAAGCUCCGGCGCCGCCUCCCCUCUUCCGAUCGAUCGCGUCCAUCGGGACCGACCAGCCAUGGCUGGCAGACUAAUUGCAAACCUUAUUGUCAUGGGCUCUGGGAUUAUAGGAAGAGCUAUGCUUCAGGCAUACCGGAAAGCACUUGAAAAUGCAAAUAAAACUGGUGUGGCCCAUGAAGCAAUGAAUAAUAUCCGCAGGGCCAGCAAAACCAUGACUGAGCAAGAAGCGCGGCAGAUAUUGGGUGUGACUGAGCAAUCGACAUGGGAAGAGAUUGCACAGCGGUAUGACAAGUUAUUCGAGAGAAACGCGACAUCUGGGAGCUUUUACCUCCAAUCGAAGGUUCACCGAGCUAAGGAGUGCCUGGAAAAUGUGUACCAAAAGAACAAGCCAGAUGGAACCCCAACUUGAAAUUUGCCCUUAAAAUCAGCUGUCCAGAUAUAUAUUCUUCCCCCCUCUUAAGAAAAGUGUACAUAAUGACAAUGGUCGGUGCUGUUGUAUCACUAAUAAGACUGUGCAGCGACCUCGAACUUAGUGUUAAGCUAUCACCCAACACUUGCACAAUGCUAAAGUACCAUUUCUGUUCUUCUAUUUGAUGAAGCCAUACUCUUCACUUUUGGAGUUUU